UGCGUAUUUUUAAUUUUAAGACCAGAUUGAAUAUAUUCGUUUUAUCUUUAUUAUUAUAUUCAUGAUAACUUAGUAUAAAUUCAACCAUGAAGGAAAAAAGACGUGUUAUAUUACUCCUUGUUGAGGUUCUCGUCUUUAAUAUUGUAAACGCUACAUCGUUUUCCGAUUUGAAUUUAAAAAGACGUGGUGCUGAUGAUUGCAAACCAGUAGUUGUAGCCCAUAGAGGUGCUAGUGGCUAUGUACCUGAACACACACUUGGUGCCUAUGCCCUGGCAAUAACAAUGGGAGCCGAUUACGUCGAGCCCGACUUAGUGAUGACUAGUGACGGACAUUUAAUCUCACGCCAUGAAAAUGAACUGGGCCAUACUUCUGAUGUUUCCCAACGUCCUGAAUUUGCUCAACGUUAUCGUACCCAAAAUGUGAGUGGAAAAACUGUUACAGGUUGGUUUUCAGAAGACUUUACACUAGCAGAAAUAAAAACAUUGAGAGCCACAGAGCCAAUACCAAUCAUACGGCCGGGAAAUGCAAGACUGGAUAAAGCCUACGACAUACCAACAUUCCAAGAAAUAAUUGAUCUAGUAAAGGCCCUAGAAAUAAGUGAAAAUCGUACAAUUGGAAUUUAUCCAGAAUUGAAAUAUGGCUUGCAUUUCCAAAACCUAGGAUUAGCGAUGGAACCAAAAGUAGUAGACAUAUUUCAUAGAAACGGCUAUACUGAGAAAAAUGAUCCGGUUUAUAUACAAUCAUUUGAAGUCAGCAAUUUAAAAAAGCUAAAAAAACUUACAAAUCUUCGGCUUUUGCAAUUAUAUGGGGCUCCGACAGCAAGACCGUUUGAUCAAGCUGAACUUGGUACUUGCCUUACUUAUGCUAAAAUGGCAACUCCAAAGGGACUUGCGAAUGUAGCUGAAUAUGCUGCAGCUGUAGGACCACAAAAGAGCUAUAUUAUUCCUCGAAAUUUAGCGAAUAAUUUGGGUUCGCCAACAAAUUUUGUAAAAGAUGCUCAUGCUGCGGGCCUUGAAGUUCAUCCAUGGACUUUUCGAGCAGAAAAUGUAUACCUGCCAAAAGAGUUCCAAAGUAAUAAUUCAUCUAUCGCAUUUGGUGAUCUUGAAAGUGAAAUUAAAGCAUUUCUAGACGCGGGUGUGGAUGGUUUAUUUGUCGACCAGCCUGAUAUACUGGUGCGCGUUCGAGGGCAGUGCAGUGACUGACAUUAUUUAACUAAAAUCAUAUCUCAAGUGUCACAUGUUCCUAUUAACUAAAACCUAUGCUAUAUAUUUAUAA